AUGGCUAUCAUCAAGACUCAAGAUGGUACCUCCGAUCCGAUUAUCACGCGGAUGGUUGCGGAGGAUAAGGUACGAUGGUACAAGAAGCCCAACCUCCGAUUGAUGUACCUCUGGCUGUUCUUGUGUUGCAUGGGUGUAGAGAUGACGUCCGGUUUCGACUCGCAACUGAUUGGCACGCUGCAAUUCUCACAGCCAUUCAACCGGUACUUUGGCAAUGGCUACCAGACCAAAAACAGCAAGGGAGAGCUACAGUGGGACAUCGAACCAGGUAUUCUCGGUUUUAUCAGUUCUUGCUACCAGCUAGGCUCCAUCAUAGCGGUACCUUUUGCUCCAUGGCUCAACCAGAGGUUCGGAAGACGUUGGUCCAUCAUGAUCGGCUCGCUUUUUAUGGUCGUUGGAGCUAUUUUGCAAGGGUUUGCCCAACACAUCGGAAUGUACAUCAUUGCUCGUAUGCUCCUCGGCGUAGGUAUCGUCUUCGCCAUCAUCGCAGGCUCGGCACUCAUCGGAGAACUCGGUUAUCCCAAGGAACGUGCGACUCUGACGUCGUUGUUCAACGCCUCAUACUUCAUCGGAUCGAUAUUAGCUGCAGCCAUUGCGAUCCGUACAUCUGGCAUCAAAGGAGACUGGAGCUGGCGUUUGCCGUCUCUGCUUCAGAUCGUGCCCUCGGUCCUCCAGAUCUGCACUGUCUUCCUCCUGCCCGAAAGCCCUAGAUGGCUCAUCAGCAAAGAUCGCGACGAUGAGGCUCUUGCAGUUCUCACGAAGUAUCACGCAGAAGGCGAUGCAGACUCUGUUCUCGUCAAGGCUGAGAUGGCCCAGAUCCGCUCGACUAUCAAACUUGAAAUGGAAAGCUCAAGCCAGACCUGGUUCGACCUUUUCAAGACCCCUGGUAUGCGCCGUCGCACCCUGAUCGCCGGUUUCCUCGGUCUCUUCACCCAGAUGAGCGGCAACACCCUGCUCUCCUACUACCAGAAUCUGCUCUUCGGACUCAUUGGCUACACCAGCAAUUACGCCAAGACGCGCAUCAACAUCGCGAACCAGUGCUGGAGUUUUAUGAACGCCAUGGUCAUUGCUUUGAUCGUGACGCGCUUCCGCCGCCGCUGGAUGUUCAUGUUGUCCGCGGGCUCGAUGAUGCUGGUCUUCAUGAGCAUGACAAUCUGCUUCCAGCGGCUGAACGUCGCGCAAACACUCAAGAUUGAGAACAAAUCUGCGCAGUAUGCGGCGCUGUUCUUUUACUUUGCUUACUCGCCCUGCUACAAUAUCGGUAACAACUCGCUCACUUACACCUACCUGGUUGAGCUGUUCCCGUAUGCGCAGCGCUCUAUGGGUAUUGGGUUUGAGCAGAUUUUCGGCAAGCUGGGAGGGUUCUUCUCAAUCAACGUCAACCCCAUUGCGAUGAAAGCGUUGAGCUGGAAGUAUUUUGCUAUCUACUGCGGAUGGAUUACGUUCGAGUUCUUGUUCGUGUACUUUAUGUACCCAGAGACGUACAACCGUACGCUGGAGGAGCUCACUUUCUUGUUUGAGGACAAGGCACUUGCCGACGAGGCUGUCAAGGCUGUCGAGAAGCAGGUCAACUCUGCGCAUAUGGAUGGCGAGGAGCAUGGCAACAAGUCCCAUGUUACAACCGUUGAGCGCGCUUUCUGA